AUGGCGACCCAAAUUCAUGAUAUCAAGCAAAUUUCAGGCAGCUCAAUGCAAUGGAACCUUAAAGUUAGAGUCGUUCGAAUGUGGGUAAUGCCGGAUCGCUUUAAGCCGGAAAUACCAUAUUCAAUUCAAUUGUGUUUACAGGAUUCUAAGGGUGAUCGUAUACAUGCUUCAAUCAGAAAGUAUGUUCUCAAGUUUUUUAGGAACAAGAUACAUGAACUUCGCUUAUAUCGUAUGAACUACUUUGUCGUCGGACCAAAUAAUCUGAAGUUGAGGACUACGACUCACCACCUGAGGCUAACAUUUACUCAAAAGACAUUUGUUGAGGAAACAAAUGAUCCUUCAUUUCAUAUGAACAUCUUUAACUUGCGCCCUUUUGACAACUUACGAAUCAACAAGAUGUCGAUGAGACAGAAUUGUGUGACAAAGAUAUGGAUAAACUCUACGUUACCACAGUCUACUGAAUUUAAAUCGAGGUUACUUGCAGCACGUCCGUCAAACAUUGAGCGAAUCACUCAAACAAGUUCUCAGCAAAGUUACUCUGUUAGAGAUGAGUUAGACAAAGGAAUUGAAAGUAGUUGUUGGAUUGCUGCAGAAUUGGUAAGUUUGGAACUUGACCGGGGAUGGUCAUACUUGGCAUGCAACAAGUGUAGUCGAAAGGUUGAUAAAGUUGAAAAUAAAUACAUUUGUAAGAAAUGCAAUGAAGAUCAAUUUUCAUGUACUCACAGGUAUAGGCUUCAAGUACGAGUUAUGGAUGGAACCGCUUUUAUCUCAUUGUUGCUUUGGAAUCGAGAGGCUAUGCAGCUUAUAGGGAGGUCCGCAAAAGAACUUAAGGAAAGCUCCCUUGAGGUAUACUACAAAACUUAUUUUGAUUAA